AUGUCACUUGAGUUAUCAGAAGAAGAAAGAUUUGGUACUGAAAAUUAUGGAAAUAACGAAUCGAAUAAGGGUUCGUUGUUAGUAAAAGAAAAUGAUGAAAAAGAAAGACCUUGGAAGUAUAAAAUAAUUGCUUUGCUAUGCGUUUUAUCUUUAGCUCUGGGAAGUCAUUACUCGGCUCAUACUCUUGACGCUUUAAAAUCGGUUAUCAAAAAGGAAUUAGACAUUUCAAAUUCUAAAUAUGGAGUCAUUCAGUCAUCAGUAUCAUUGGUUAAUACAAUUCUACCAAUUCUCGGUGGAAUAUUCCUUGAUACAUUUGGCACUUUAGUUGGUUCUGUAUUGGCAACUUCUCUUAUAGCUAUGGGAAAUAUAUUAGUUGCAUUAUCAACUGAUUUAAGAUCAUUUGCUGUAAUGGUCAUUGGUAGAAUAUUAUAUGGAAUUGGAAGUGGAACUAUUGUUAUCGUUCAAGUGACUAUACUAAGUCAUUGGUUUAAGGGAAAAGGACUAGCUAUCGCUGUGGGAAUUCAGAUCGCUGCGUCAAGAUUGUUUGGCUUCUUGGCUAAUAUAACCGUUAUCCCAAUCACGAAGCUUACAGGAUCAUAUAAAUGGGCAUUUUGGUUUGCAGCAUUUCUCUGUAUCUUUUCGAUGUUAACCAACCUCGCGUACGUUCUUUUGAUGAAAAUUCUUAACGAGAAGAUAAAAACCCAAGAAUUAUUAAAGUUAAAACAAAAGAAACGUUUUGAUCCUAAAAAAUUAUUGAUUUUUCCUGCUAUUUAUUGGAUCAUUGUUUCACUUGAAUUUGUACUGGGUAGCGUGUGGACUUCAUUUUUAACCAUCAAUACGGAAUUGGUAAAAAUUCGAUGGAACCAUACGGAUGAAAUCGCGGCUUACAAUUCUAAUAUUUCUCAAUUGUUCCCAAUCUUUAUUUCACCUUUUCUCGGAUACUUUUUGGAUCGUUUCGGAAAUCGUUCCUUGACCUUGGUCGUAUCCGCAGUAUUUCUCGUAAUAUCAAUGUGUCUCCUUGGAUUCACAUUAGCAUUUACUCCGAUAAUUGGAAUGGUUUUUUUUUCACUUUCACUUUCAUUAGGACCAGUAGCAUCAUUAUCAUCAAUACCGAUAUUAUUACCUUUAGAUUAUGUUGGUACCGCAAUAGGGAUAGUUAAAUCAAGUUCAAAUAUUGGAUCUACAAUUUAUGAUAUAGUUGUAGGAUUAUUACAAGAUUUGGACAAAGGAAAGUACGAUAUGGUAAUGAUAUUUUAUUUGAUCAGUAGUAUAAUUGCCGUAAUAGUAACUAUCGGCUUAUUUUUUGUAUCAAAAAAUUGGUGCGAUGGUGUAAUGGAUAUGAAGGAAAGUAAAAGGAAUAGUUAUUACGAGGAAAAACCUGUUAGACUUGAAAAAAAACGCGGAGUAAUGAAUUACCUUUUUGUCGGUGGUAUUAUUUAUAUCUUACUUGCUUCUUUAAUGAAAUGA